AGAGGCCAUCCAUACAUGCAAAUACUUUUGGUUCCUUAUAUACUAUAAUUGGUGAAGGAAGGAAGGAAGGAAGGCCGCAUGACGACUCCUUUUGGGCUACCGAUCACGGAGGACACCGUGGGAGCAUUGUCCAGGUACCAUGGAAAGAAGGUGAUCACCCAGGAUGACUGCGCACGAGAAGCCAUGAGGCUGAUACACGCCGAGGGCAAGAACCUGGAUGCUCUCGAACACGCGUGGAAGCUCAAGGAAAAUUAUGGCAAUGGGAUGAGCACCUUGGUCCUCGUCUACAACGCCACCGGCGCCCGCGUGACCUUGGAGCAGAGGCAUGACUGGCAAGGCUACGUCUAUAGAAACCAGCCGCCGCCCAGCAUGCACAACGGCCAGUGGAUCUCCUUCCUCCACGUCGGGACCGGCACGGCCAGCCGUGCCGGCAGGGUCUUCCGUGGCCGGGACAAGAACGGCAAAAUUCGCGACUUCGUCGUCGCCUGGUUUAUCCCGUUGAACCUCCAGCCAACAGCAGCCUACACUGAAAUCGGCGACCAAGACGCAUUUACGGGCCGGUGGCCUUACGUCGGUGCACGUCUCCAUACCGCAAAAAGAAUCACCCGCGCCAACGACCACAACUGCGCGUCCACAGUCAGCAUCGGCGGCUACACAACUUCGCAAUGCAUUGCUGUUCUACAACACAACUUUGAGCCCAUGCCAUCAGAGCGCGAUGAUCCGGCCGAAUGGCCUUAGUAGCAACAAAUAACUACAGAAUAAGACAUGUGCCCGCCCGCGCCGGCGACACAUUAUAUAUAAAUAAGUUGUUCUCCACCGCCCCUACAUAAGAGUGCAUGCUUUGUGGUACUACACUAGGAAGAAAAGCUAAGCUGUGACCUACCCAUAUCCAACCCGUGUAUGUCCUAUCUUUACACUAUGUUUUGAUCUAUCUAUUUGUUUUAACGCUUCAAUUCUGCAUGGAUGUUGUUCUAAUCUUCAUGCUUAA